ACACAAAUCGCGGCCGAAAACGAAAUUAAAGCUGGAAUAAUUGGAGAAUUUCACCUAUUUUUACCUCGGGAAUGGAAAACGUGGCGACCCUGAGGGCGGACAACGCCAAUCUGCGUAAGAUACAGUCCAAACUGGUGCAGUGGGAGUUGAAGGAGAACCCUCUGGCGCCGCUCAGUACCGGACAAACGGAUUUCAUCAACCGGCUGACGGAUCUAGUCCAGGGCAACAACCCCUCACCGACAUCGACUGCCGGAGAUUCGCAGGAUGGUGCGAUCAAUGAGGGAACGGUUGAGUUGCCGGCGUCUCUGGAAUCGUUCAAACAAUCCGCGUGCGUGAUCGACACGACGCAAAACUUCCUCUCCUGGUACAACUCGAUCGAUGCGGAAAUCCUCGAACACUUCGAUGAGGCCUAUCUGGAGUACUACGAGCAGCUUCGAUCGCGAGCCAGUGAGUGCGAUACGAUGCUGCAGGAGAUCGACGAAUCGCUCGGUUCACUCCGCAAACUCACGCAGGAGUUUAACUUUGUCUCGGAGAAGACGUCCUCACUGCACCAGGCCAGCGAAAGUUUGCUGCAAGAUCAAACCAAGCUGAGCGAUAGUGGUGAGGAGAUCCGCAAACGAUUAAAGUACUUUAGUCAGGCCGAAAGCAUCUCGCAACGAUUGCACAAUCCCACGGUUUCCGUUUCGAACGAAUCGUUUGCGGACGUACUGAACACGAUUGACGAUUGCAUCGAGUAUAUGCGAGUAAACCCAACGUUCUGUGAAGCAUCGGCUUAUAGCAUCAAGUAUCGAACGUGUCUCGCCAAGGCAGCACAAAUGAUGAAGGUAUACGUGACAAAUAUACUGGCCAAUGCGACCGCACAAGUGCUCUCACCAAAGGGCGGACAAGGAGCGGCGGCUCCCCGGUCACUGGAAGCGUUGGAGCAGCUGAAGGUGGGCGAUCGUGCCACGGAGGCAGCAUUUGCACUGUUUUACGGCAAAUUUCAAGCUUCGGCACCUCGCGUUAAGCGCAUUACGGGACUGAUCGAAGAGCGGCUUGACCGUAGUCCUGAUUAUGAGAUUCUGCUUGGCGAACUUCAUCAAACCUAUCUUACCCAGCGUGCUACGAUCAUGAGUGGCGGUGUCGAUCAAGCGAUCAAGGAGCUGGCCAAGAAGCAUAAAGGCGAUCACUGUGCUCUGGUUCGAUCGGCCUGCGCCUUCAUGGUGCACAUAUGCCAGGACGAGCAUCGGUUGUUUUACCAUUUCUUUGCAAAACCGAGUGACCAAUUGAUUGGUUACAUGGAAGGAUUGUGUACCAUAUUGUAUGACAUACUGAGGCCUUACAUUAUCCGCAUCGAUCAUCUGGAAACCCUAGCAGAGAUCUGCAGCAUCCUGAAGGUGGAGAUGCUCGAUGAACAUGUGGCUUACAGCCCCGAUUCCCUGGAAGCGUUCGCUAAGAUUGUCUAUCAGUUGCUGCAGGAUGUACAGGAACGGAUUGGAUUCCGGGCUCAGAACUAUCUCGAAUCGGACAUUCGCAACUAUCGUCCAUCGGCCGGUGAUCUAGCCUAUCCGGAGAAGUUGGAGAUGAUGGAAAGUAUUGCUCUGUCGCUGCAAGAUAACGCGGCCCAUCAUCACCACCAUCAUCCCGUACCACUGCGCCGUGUCGAUUCGCGUAGUUCGAUCGUUUCGGGAAUGUCACUUGCCUCACAGGAUACCGUAAACGAGGCACCGGCAUUGCGAAGCCGCGCUAGCAAUUCACCGGCCGAUAUGCACGGUAUGUGGUAUCCGACCGUACGACGCACGCUCGUUUGCCUUUCGCGGCUCUAUCGGUGCAUCGAUAAGUCCAUCUUCCAGAGUCUCUCACAGCAAGCGCUAGCACACUGCAUUCACAGUGUGUCGAGUGCUGCUGGCGAGAUCGCCAAAAACCGUACCACGAUCGACGGUGAGCUGUUCGAGAUCAAGCAUCUGUUGAUUCUCCGAGAACAGAUUGCUCCGUUUAGGGUUGAUUUUACGGCCAAGGAAACUAGCCUCGAUUUUAGCAAAGUGCGUACGGCAGCGUACGAGUUGCUGCAGAAACGUAAACAGCUGUUUUCGCUUGGUUCGAACAAUGCGUUGCUUGAGUUUCUGCUGGAUGGUACGCCGCAGGUCCGAGAACAGUUGCUCGAUUCGCGUAAAGAUGUCGAUCGGCAGCUGAAGGCCGUUUGCGAAACGUUCAUCACCGAUGCAUCCAGGCAGCUCGUGGGGCCAGUACUGACGUUUAUCGAAACGGCGCAGAACCAUCUCCGUAAUCAACCAGCGGGAAAAGCAGCUGCCGGACAGCAGCAGGGAGCUGGAUCGGCGAUGGCUCUUCGUCUUGCACCGUUCGCUGCCCCACAACAGAUCAGCUCCAUCAUACAGGAGUGUUUGCGGAACAUCAAGACUAAGCUGGCCGGAUUGCAGCGUUCGAUGCAGCUAUACCUGUCGAACAAGGACACCGAGUUCAUCCUGUUUCGGCCAAUUCGAAAUAACAUCAUCGGUGCGUUUGUGAAGCUAGAGCAGAUCCUCAUGCUGAACGCGUACACCAAAGAUGAUCUGACCAUCGUAAGCUGCCCCUCGGCGGAACAAAUCUCCGUCUUGCUGUCGAGUGUUAAUCUUAGUGGAGCUGCCGGACCGGGUGGAGAAACGACGGCUGCCUUCGGCAGAACGCAGACGGGGGAGGCGCAACGAAAGAUCAGCACGUCGUCCUCGGUCGGUAGUGGCCAUUCGGUAAAAGCACCGAUCGAGAAAAAGGUAAGCUUCGAUAGUGGUGCUAACACAGUACUAGAGAUCGAGCGAACAGAGGACGUUGUGACGGCAGAGGAAGCUGUUGAACAGGCAAAUGAAGUUACAGCGGAAGUGACAGAGACACCGAAUGCGCCGGAAAUGCCUGCUCCCGGGGCGCAAAUAGUAUGAAGUUCCUGGUGUUAUGUAUUGCAAUAUUCCAAAUUUAUUACUCGUUAGUUAUCUUUUUAUUUAGAGAAUUUAUUUUCCGUUUUUGUUUGCAUUAUCCAACUGAAACUAAUUGCUGAGUUAAGUAUCGUGACAAGUUCUUGCUUAGAUCGAGUAAAAUGAAAGUAAAUAAAACAAUAUUCCCAUUAAUAGAGUAUUCAAUGGAGAUCGGUGAACACA